AUGAAUCCAUUGUUCAAUAAUAAGACCUUUUUCGUUAUUAGGGACCCAGAUUAUUUUGAGGUCAAUGAUAUCAUUUCAUUGAUUAAAGAAAAUGGAGGAAUUGUAUCAGAAGAUGUUUCCAAAGAGGUAAACUAUGUAAUUACUUCAACCAAAUAUAAUAAUUCUCACGACCCAUUUUUCUUAAGAAUGGCCUAUAUGUUAGGGAUCCCAGCCAUUUCCACCAAUUUCCUAGAGUACUCCAUUAAAAAAGGAUCUCUCGCUGAAAAUGAAAAGGAGUUCGCUAUUACCUAUAAUUAUUCAUUCCAUAAGAAUAUCUAUAGCAUGUAA